AUCCAGUAGUUGAGUUCUAAACCUAACCCAAGAGAGGGAGCGCAAGGAGUGAGCUAACAGAACUAGAAACUAUAGGUGCAUUUUUACUCUAUCGAACAUCGCUUUUGAAAGACUGUCACUUUUACUGCCCUGGAGCCAUCUUUCCAGCCUUUUAGUAUAACGCCCUCGAUCCCCGUCUGAAAACUCACACACGGUCGUGUCAGCUGGCAUGAGCUAACCCACCAAGACAUGGAAACCAAACCUUUCAUGUCAUUGGAAUCUACAAUCCUGCCUAUGGGAUGGUUCCUGAAGCCCCAGUGCUCGCUGGCUCCGCCCCCUCAGCGAGGACGCUCGGGGGAGGCCUGCUCCUGUUUCACCGGCAUGUGUCACCUCCACCACCCCCGGAUAUCUACAGGUAACACUCAACGCCAUCUCCACAUCCCCUCGCCAUCUUCCCCGUCAUGGCAGACUCCGCACCUGGGAAGACACCUGUAUCAAAUAAAUUCAUCAGGUCAGGUGACCUCAUCUCCACUGAGCUCUCCCACGUCCCACCGGGGCAUGCACCCAUCCCUGCUCAACCCGUCCUCCAUGGGGCCCUCGGGCUCCUUGCACUCUCCCAUCAGCACCCUGAGUUCUCCCAUGAACGGCCUGGGCUCGCCCUUUUCUGUCAUCAACUCCCCCAUGGGUCCACACUCCAUGUCCUCGCCCGGCAUGGGCUACGGCCCCAGUGUCAGCCCCCAGCUGAACUCCCAGAUGAACUCGGUCAGCAGCUCGGAGGACAUCAAACCCCCGCUGGGUCUCAACGGGGUGAUGAAGGUGCCCGCCCAGCCCUCGCCGGGGUGCAUGCCUCUCUCCCUCACCAAACACAUCUGUGCCAUCUGCGGAGACCGCUCCUCAGGUAAACAUUAUGGAGUGUACAGCUGUGAGGGCUGUAAAGGCUUCUUUAAGAGGACAGUGCGGAAGGACCUGACCUAUACCUGCCGCGACAACAAGGAUUGUCUGAUCGACAAGCGCCAGCGAAACCGCUGCCAGUACUGUCGCUACCAGAAGUGUCUGGCCUGUGGAAUGAAGAGAGAAGUUUUGUUACACACAGCCGUCCAGGAGGAGCGCCAGCGGGCCAAAGAGCGCAGCGAGAACGAGGUGGAGUCCACCAGCGGCGUCAACGAGGACAUGCCCGUGGAGAAGGUCCUGGAGGCCGAGCUCGCUGUGGAACCCAAGACAGAGACCUACACCGAGACCAACCUGGGCAUGCCAUCCAACUCGCCCAACGACCCAGUGACUAACAUCUGCCAAGCAGCCGACAAGCAGCUCUUUACACUGGUGGAGUGGGCCAAGAGGAUCCCCCACUUCUCUGAGCUGCCCCUGGACGACCAGGUCAUCCUCCUACGAGCAGGGUGGAAUGAGCUCCUCAUCGCAUCCUUCUCCCACCGUUCGAUAGCGGUGAAAGAUGGGAUCCUCCUGGCCACAGGGCUACACGUCCAUCGUAACAGCGCCCACAGUGCUGGAGUGGGAGCCAUCUUUGACAGAGUGCUCACAGAACUGGUGUCCAAGAUGAGAGACAUGCAGAUGGAUAAGACAGAGCUGGGGUGCCUUCGAGCCAUUGUCCUCUUCAACCCAGAUUCUAAAGGCUUGUCAAACCCAGGCGAGGUGGAGGCUUUGAGAGAGAAGGUCUACGCCUCUCUGGAGGCCUACUGCAAACAGAAAUACCCGGAUCAGCCUGGCAGGUUUGCCAAGCUGUUGCUGCGGUUACCAGCCCUGCGUUCCAUUGGUCUGAAGUGUCUGGAGCACCUGUUCUUUUUCAAGCUUAUCGGGGACACGCCCAUCGACACCUUCCUCAUGGAGAUGCUAGAGGCGCCCCACCAAAUGACAUAACUGCAGGCGAGGCGUCGCCCAUGUUCCCCUCGCCCCCUCCGCCUCUAACCCCUCUGGAUACGGAGGGUGGUCCUGCAAACCACUCCCACUCGAGAGAUUAUGUGACAUCAUUGGAUCUAGAGAAGUCCUCCCUCUUUGAUGUGUUUCAAAAAACAAGUUCAAUGUCCAUGGGUCUGUUUUAUACA